CACACAUCCAGCCAUGGGCUGACAUGGACUCCAGAAACGCAUGAGUGUGGGAUCAUGUCCCUUACGCCGCAGUUUAGUUUAAAAUCUAGAAAAUUAAAAUUGAAUUCACUAACUAUUACAAUCAAAUCAAACCAUGGCGGAGACGUCGUCGGCGGAGCAGACGAAAAUCACGGACUUGGACGAGGACGCGCUGGCUCACUGUGCCUCCUACCUCAACCUACGAGACAUAUCAAACUUGGCCCUCUCCUGUAAAUCUCUCCGCAAAACUGCUUAUUCUGACGCCAUCUGGCUUCGGCUCUUCAGGGAACAGUGGCCUUCCACCCCAGAAUUACUCUCUGGCCCUUUAAAAGCUUUGGGAGGCAGGGAAGCAUAUUUAGCAAGGCAUAAAGCAUUGCAUCAGUUCCAAUUUGUGGAUCCCUGGGUUUCCCACCACUACUUUAUUGCACCAAAACCUUUUGAUCAUAUGCUAAUGGACAAAAGUAAUAUUUUCUGUUCACAGGGUCCUUCCGUACAAACGAUUUUCAUUGAAAACUAUCCUACCGAAGGAGACUCUCCUGGGGCGCGACUUGACCAUCAUGCUAGGAUUACUUGCAUGAGACUGUUUGUCCUUGAUGAUACCUCUUUACUUCGCGGUGCAAGAAGGAAAGAAAAUGUCUUGGUAACCUCCAGUUGUGACCACUCCAUUCGCAUAUGGCGGAAGGGCUCCGUCCAACGAUGUUUUAAAGGUCAUAAUGGUCCAGUGUCCACCUUAUCGGAUAAUUUGCUAGGUGAUGCUGGCAGCAGACUGUUGGCAAGUGGUGGAGAAGAUGGUACUGUCCGCCUUUGGGCUCUUAACUCAGGUGGAAAACGAGGUCAACAUGCUUUAAAGGCUACACUUUAUGGGCAUGAAAAACCAGUUAAAUUAAUGUCGGUUGCCGGGCAUAGGACCCCUCUUUUGGUGAGCAUUUCAAGAGAUUCUAAGGUGAGGGUUUGGGAUACAUCCACAUCAUCUGCAGUUCGUUCUUCAUGCUGUGUGGGAAUGGCUUCUGUAACUGGUACACCUGUGGCCAUGAAAUGCCAUGAAUCAUUGCUUUAUGUUGCUGCUGGUUCUUCUGUUGUUACUAUUGAUUUGAGGACAAUGCAAAAGGUCAUCACUGCAACAAUCGAUCAACCAAAAUUACUAUCCUUUGCUAUGUUACCUUCAAAAUCCUUGAUCUGCACUGGCGGAAUUGACAAGGCAUUGCUUUGGGAUAUAAGGAGAAGCCGGGAGACUCUGAAACUAGAACCAGUAGCAGAGUUGGAUGGACACACAGGUCCGGUAACGCAUUUACACAUGGAUCCAUACAAAGUAGUAACAGCAGGGCCAGAGGAUUUGCAUGUCAAUAUUUGGGAGACUGACACUGGUACGCAAACGAAUUCGUUGCUCUGUUGUUCUUUAGAGGACUCGAAAACAGUCAUAGGGUGCUCAGCGUUGGCUGUUAAUGGAUGUCGUAUUGCAACUGCUACUUAUAGUAUACAUGGUGGAGACAUAAAGUUCUGUGAUUUUUCACAUGCUGCUUGCCCUAUUUCCAAAGAUGAAGAUCAGCAUGAUUCAAAGUUCUGGGAACCUCCCUAUUAUGGUGAUACUCACCGGAUCCCUGCCGCAUUGCAGUUUGACUGACGGUUUACCUUGUCAAUAGGAGUCUCCCUCUUUAUAUAAGUGGGGAAAGAACCAUCAGCCCGCACCAUGUUUGGUCUAUUCCUUUUUUUUUUUUUUUUGUAAUUUAAGCUAUCUUUUGCAGUUUGUAAGAAAAUUUUAAAAUUUUGUGAUUGCAUAGAUCAAGUUUAUUUUUAUUUUAAUGCAAUUUGGGUUUUAUGUUUAUUGAUCAAUUAUGUAAAAUUAUUUUGAAUAUUUAUAUAAACGGUUCACUGGUCCUAUCAUUAGUUAUAUUGGACUGACGUUUUC